UCGGGUUUUUGGAAUGAACUUUGCCACCCAUUUGUUACUUUAUAACAUUCCGUUUUUUGGAGGUAGGUCUACAACCUUUUAAUUCUCAGCGGCAAAAGCGUCUAUAACCCGCAGCUACAAGAUGUACAUUUGGUUUACAAUCAUAGCCGGAUUGGCUAUUUUGCCUUUUCUUCUGAAAACGUUAUUCGAUCCAUACUUUGGCCAAGACUGUUCAUAUAUGUUCAAAGCAAUCAAACUUGGAAUCAGGCUGCGAAAAUACAAAAAGAAAAAUCCUUUCUAUAGCAUUUUGGACUGCUUUUUGGACACGGUGAAGAAACACCCGAAUAAAACUUUCCUGCAUUUUGAGGGGACAUCACAUUCUUACAUCGAGGUGGAUAAACUGAGUAACAAGGUUGCAAGAGCAUUGAAGACUCACGCCAAUCUAAAAGAGGGGGACACGGUAGCUCUCUUUAUGGGGAACGAACCCUCUUACGCGUGGAUUUGGCUGGGCCUGGCCAAACUGGGCUGUGCAACCGCUCUGCUCAACUUCAACAUAAGGUCAAAAUCUCUGCUACACUGUUUCUCAUGCUGUGGGGCCAAAGUGAUCAUCGCAGCUGCAGAGCUGAAGGAGGCAGUGGAGGAGGUUCUCCCUACACUAAAACAGCAGGGUAUCUCUGUAUACCUCCUGUCAGAGGAGUGCAGUGUAGAAGGCAUCAACCCCCUCUCAGAACAUAUCACCCAGGCCUCAGAUGGACCCCUGUCAGCUGACCUCAGGGCCAACAUCACCAUCAAGAGCCCUGCACUCUACAUCUACACCUCAGGAACCACUGGUCUACCUAAAGCGGCUCUGGUGACCCAGGAGAGGUUGUGGACUGCGUCCUUUAUCCAAGCCAUCUCAGGAGUGACAUCCGAGGAUGUAUUCUAUAUCAACCUGCCCCUCUAUCACAGCGCCGGCUUCCUCAUCGGACUUACCGGGGCCAUCGAGAGGGGCAUAACAGUUGUCCUGAGGAGAAAGUUUUCAGCGUCUCAGUUCUGGGAGGACUGUAGGAAACAUAACGUAACGGUGAUGCAGUACAUCGGAGAGACCAUGAGAUACCUCUGCAACACUCCCACGAAAGACAACGAGAAGGACCACAAAGUGCGGAUCGCCAUCGGCAACGGGGUCCGUUCAGACAUCUGGACAGAGUUUCUGAAUCGUUUUGGAGACAUAGCUGUCAGGGAACUGUACGCUGCCACUGAGGGCAACAUUGGCUUCAUCAACUACACCAGUAAGAUAGGAGUGGUAGGACGAAUCAACUUUCUCCACAGGAGACUGUUCCCCUAUACUUUGAUCAAAUUUGACAUUGAGAAGGAGGAACCUGUUAGGAACUCCAAGGGUCUGUGUAUCCAAGCAACCAAAGGUGAGACUGGACUUUUGGUUGGAAAGAUAACCAAGAUAUCUCCCUUUGUUGGUUAUGCUGGUAACGAACAACAGACGGAGAAGAAGAGACUGAGAGACGUUUUACAGAAAGGUGACCUGUACUUCAACACUGGAGACCUGCUGAGGAUCGAUGAACAAAACUUUGUACAGUUUCAGGACCGUGUUGGUGACACUUUCAGGUGGAAAGGCGAGAAUGUUGCUACAACCGAAGUGGCUGAUAUCCUCACAAUGGUGGACUGCAUCAAGGAGGCUAAUGUAUAUGGUGUGAAAGUUGAAGGUCACGAGGGGAGGAUUGGAAUGGCUGCCGUGAAGUUAGAAGAAGGGGAAGAGUUUGACGGCGCCAACACCUUCAGCCAAGUAGCCAACUACCUCCCUGCUUACGCAAGACCGCGCUUCAUUAGAAUACAGAGCUCUUUCGAGAUGACGGGAACAUUUAAGAUGAAGAAAGUGACGUUGGUGGAAGAGGGCUUCAACCCAGCUGCGGUCCAAGAUCCUCUGUACUUCCUAGAUCCAGCUAAGAAAACAUACGUACCACUCACCGAAGAGAUAUACUCCUCCAUAAACACCAGAGAAAUUAAGUUAUAAAAUCAAAAAUGGGAUUUUGAAAAAAAAUCAUGGUCGCUAAUUAAUGUACAAAAAAAAUCUGCUUUAAUUAUUAAAUGUCUAAUGUUAAGACCUUGGUUCAAAUACUAUUUGAUAAUUUCAUAUACUUUUUCUCUGUGCAUUGAGCUUGCUUGGGGUUAAUGGACCAAUAGAAUAGUCCUGAAUGAUAUCCAAUAGCAUUUGGAGCCAGGUCUGCUGUAAUGUUGCAUGUAUCAAAUCAAAUCAAAUCAAAUUUUAUUGGUCACAUGCGCCGAAUACAACAGGUGCAGACAUUACAGUGAAAUGCUUACUUACAAGCCCUUAUGUAGUGUGUUAUCAGAUUACACAGGGAAUAGUAUUGUAUAACACUGUAGUAUAAUGAUUCUGUAGACUAACCACUAGCUAAUCUCGGGGAUAGAUUGAAUGUAUAUUUUGUAACAAACCCUGAUCAUGUUUAAAAUGAUGUAUUUUUGUCUUAACAAGACUUGACGUUGUUUACAGUUAUACAUUAUAUUGUAGAGGGUACCACCAUCUGAAGGUGCUUGAAAACAAACAUGAUAUUUUGAUGUGCAGAAUAUUGAUUGUACUUUUUUUUGAAUGGUUAAUAACACUUUUAUGAACCCAAA